CACAAAAGGAGGUGUAGCAGUCGAGUAAAAACCGUAUUGUUAUCAAACAACGAACCUAAUGAACCAGGCAUAAACAAUACACUUAUCAAGUAGAAGACUCUUGAAAGUGAACCAUCAUAAACGUCAAAGAUCAGGCCUUCAAGCGCAGUAUCAACAAUUCUUAUCUGCCCCCAGAAUACCUAAGAACGGGUCAAAAUGUCUAUUUACCAACCUUGGGUGGAGACGUUGAAGCAAAAGGACAAUUGGGUCGAUUCAUGUACUUUUAUGAACUUAGUGCAUGUUUAACGCAUUAGAAUUAUCUAUAAUAUAAGGUCCGAAGUCAGAAUUCGCCUAAGAUAUUGAAGAAAUUAUUGAAUCAGAUGAUAUAUAUAAAUUGGAAGCUGAUGUAAAUUUUCAAAACAUAGAAUUGGAUAUGAAUCUGAAUGGAUUACCGUAUGAUAUAUCUGAUACAUAAUGCUCUCACUUGGUCUUUACUAACAAUAAUAAACUGGUGCUAAUUAGCUGAAGAAACAUCAAAGCAAAAUGGAAAAAGUGCAAUACCAUUUCAAAGUGACAUUCACAUGUCUCAUAGUGUUUCUUAUUACCCAGAAUGCAUUUGGAAGCCAUACAGAGCCACCUAUUGUGAUAAAUACAAGACCAGUUCCGAAUGAGAUUACUGGCCCAGCUGAUCACGAAGUUCCCCACAUAGAUGGGUCCAAUCAUAAUGACAAAGAUAAUUCACUGUCUAAAUGUAGUGAACCAAUGAUGAUCGAAGGGAUGACAUAUGAGCCUGUAAAAGACUCUUACAUGCCAAAUGAUACAAUUAGGUACUCAUGUAGAAAUGCUGACACUGAAAAUGUUUUUGUUGUUUAUAAAUGUUUACCAGAUAAAUCAUGGGUACAAAUUGAUGAUUAUGGUAGAGCGAUUCAGAGCACUGAUAUUGUCAUGAUUCCACAAUGUAUAAACGUUAACCAGUGCCCCCUGUUGAGGAAGUUCCACAAUGACACUGGGGUCAUUCAUAAUACUGAUAUACUACUGAAGGCGAAAUGUAGUUAUACUAUUACAGUUAACAAGGGAUCUAGAAUACUCCUGACUUUUAAAAAUAGUAACACAGGUAUAAGUGUUUUGAUUUAUGAUGGUGUGAAUAAUUUGGGCAAUUUGAUUGGACAGUGGAAAGGCACAUCAGAGGUACCUUAUGAUACAAUAGAAUCAUAUAAUAGAACUGUAUUUGUUGAGGUUGAUACGACUAACACAUCAAGAGCAUCACCAUUUACAAUAGAGUUUGCGACUGUAUCCACACAGAGCCAAGAUGUUGAAUGCCCUGCACCAGAAAAACCGAACUUUGGUUUCAUCAUAGGGAAGAAUUUCACGAUCGGGGAAAGUGUGGAAUUUGACUGUGAACCAUUUUUCCUGUUAACUCCAUCUACACCUACUUCUCAAACAAUAACUUGUAUUGAUGAUGGUGGAGAAGCAAAAUGGUCAAAUGAUUUUCCCCAAUGCGUUGGCACAUGCCCUAGUGAACUUGACCCCAUACAGAUAAUGGACAAUGGGAGCAUUGCAUCAGCAAAUUAUCCAGAAGACUAUGGACCCAACCAGGAAUGUACUUGGGCCGUGACGGGCAAAACUGCCCAAAGGUUCAUAUUAACUUUCAAAACCUUAUUGACCAAUCAGGAUGAUUUGUUGAAAUUGAUAGAUGGCAGUGAUAGUAAAAGAAGGUUACAACAGAUUGAAUGCACCAAACAGAACUGUAGUGGAGUGGAAUUCCAAACACAAACAAAUACAUUUGAAAUCCAAUUCCAAUCUGGAAGCUCACCAUUUACUGGUUCAAAGUUUCUCAUUGAGUUCAAGCCAUUAAAUGAGAGUGAAUCAGUGUCAACAAACUCACCAACAAACUCACCAGCAAGUACUUCAGUGUCAUCAACAAAUGAAAUUACUAGUUUACCAAGUACAAAAGUCAGUCAGUCAACUCUGUCAAGUACAACUCCACCGAGUACAACAUCCAGUACGACUCCACCAAGUACAACAUUUAGUACAACUCCACCAAAUACAACAUUCAGUAGGAUUCCACCAAGUACAACAUUUAGUACGACUCCACCAAGUACAACACCAAGUACAACAGCAACCAGGGGGACCACACCAUUGUUUGGUAGUUCAACUGUAACGUUCCAGGUCAUCACAUUUACAACAAACGUGCCAAUAACUGAGAAAAACAAGGGGCCCCCGACCAACACUGGAAUCAUAGUCGCUGCAGUCGUGAUUCCAGUCUUAACGAUAUGCAUCGGUAUAUUGCUUGUUUAUCUUUUAUGGUAUCGUAGAAAACAUCCUGUGAGACUGGGCUUGGGAAGAAGGGAAACCCAAGUUGAAAACCCAAUGUAUAAAAGACCAAGAAGAACAUCCACCGCAACGUUGAUGUUAGACCCAAAUGAACUCCCUAAGAUUAAUGGGCAAUUGCAAUUAGGGAUAAUAAACAAUGGAUUGGACCCUGAAAACCCAGAUAAUUCACCAACAUUUAACAGAAAAACUCCACUUGCUUAA